AUGCAGCACUUCUUUGAAGUCUUGCUGCCACAGUCUGGAAUGCUAGAGGAUCGUCAGCUGCUGAAAGAGAAGCUCUCGUCCCACAAAGCGUACCGGCAGUUCAGCGGCGAUGGAGAUGUUACCUGGAUGUCGCGGUUGGCAAAGUCUGCUCACGCCACCUACCACCUGCUGGAGGACAUUGUGUACAGCAGGAAGUAUGACAAUCAGCUCCGCACGGCAGGAAAAUCUGGAUCUGUGCCGGAACAAUUCAUGGAAUACACAGAAUUGAAGGAAGCCUGGGACAAGAUCACAGCCCUACUGUCCGAUGAGGCUGCUGAACGAAAGGCGCUAGCGGGACAGGCUCCAGAGAUGGAGGAUUCCGUCGCAGAUGACCCUGAAUCGGUGCAAUCCUUGCGCAAGGGGCCGAAUGCUUUUGUGCUUCACAGUGACAAGUAUUGGCUUGCGGUUGCGAACCAAACUGUUCGCACAUACGUAUCCCUGGCGCCUGAGCCGAAAACACAAGAAGCUGUCGUCCGGCACAUUCAGCAGGGUCCGCUCAAGGACAUUAGCGCUGGGGUGCUGGUGUUGUUGGAUUACAACCUCCUGGGAGAAUCCAUGGGACCGGGUGCAACAGAGGGUCUUCGCCGGAAAUACAAUCCGAGUGAAGAUGUUUUGCGCAAGCUACUGCACGGGGCAAUGCUUGCCCUUGGCGGCCAAAAGAAGGAAGACGAGCAGUGCACCCUUCCGCCAGAAGGGAUCAUAGUCUUCUUGCACUUGGGGGACCGGAGCGCGAAAGAGGCUCGGCACCUGUUCCGUCUGCGGACAGCGCGCGCCGAUGCAGCCAUCGACGCGGAGGAGAAAGAAAUUUGCAUCGGGUUUAAUGAUGAGAGCAUGCGCGCGCGGAAGAAACUCAGCCGAGGCAAUUACAGUGUGAAAGCCUCCAUGUUGGUUUACUCCAACAACACUCUCAUUCCUGGAACCAUCCCGGAGAAACAAUACCCACACCAUGGUGGGUGGAACUCCAGUGACUUGAUGGCCUUGGUGAAGGCCAUCCCGCCAGCAGAUUUGUGGUACGCUGCCAGGACUGACAAGGAAGAAAUCAUCGGAGCUGAUCGUACUGUGAAGCCGACUGACAGCUUUGUGGCGAAAGCCGGGCCGGCAGAUCCUGAUGCGGCUGAGUCCAUUUUUUCUGCCCAGUGCUUGCCGUGUGAGUUCUAUUCCGAUAUUGUCAAGGCUUUCUCAGGCAAGGCAGUUUUGGACCUCAGCAUCGGGCAAGGACAGGCAGCGCUCAGCUGCCUGCAGAAUCGCAUUUGCUACGUCGGCUUUGGGCUGACAGAGAAGCAUUGCGAAGCCUUGGAAAAGCGACUGACGCAGAAAGUCCUGGAGGAGAUGAAGCAGGAAAGCAGUACAUUCUACCGCCCUGAACUGGUGACCACCAAUGAAGGCCAGACUGGCACUGACACUGGUAAGGGGCCCAAGAGGCCAGGCGGCAAUGAUGGAAAGCCAGAACCCAAGAAGCCUAAGGGUGGCCCUAAGCCUAAGCCACAGAAUCAGAAGCCAGAGAAGCCAGAGAAGGACAGUAAUAAGGGCGAAGAGGCAAAGGAAGACGACGAUGACCGCGCAGAGGUGGAACAAGCUACAGCAGUCUUGCGGAAAGUGCUGGAUCAGGCGAAAGACGCUGAGACUGAUCUUGCCACCUGCCUGACACUGCCAGAUAAGGAUGACAAGCCCAACUCGCAGGGUCAGGUGCGGCUGACGCUCCGUGCCGAGGAGGAAGUCUUGCAUGAAGAGGUGGUGUGCUUGACCUUCGAUUGCCCUGUGGCGGCCACGCAGAUGAGCACCGCACCUGGGAGGUCCUGCGUGACGCUCGUCGCGGAGUCCCUGGGACGCCAGCAGAUCCUCAGCGCUUACGCUGAGCAGCUCGGAGAGUCCCAGAUGCCUUGGAGGUAUGGGCUUUUGUUUCCAUUGCCCUACCAGCUGCACGAAGCCAGUCGAUUGGACAUCUCCAGGCAUGUGCUGCGCAGUGGCACGCCCGGCGACCAGUGCGCACCCUGGGGGCGUCCUGCGCUACGGCUGCCGAUCGCAGUGCCUGCGCAGUCCGAGCGUGAUGAGAUUGAGUUCCACGACCCUCAUUGUUGGGCCUCCACAGGCGCUGAUGUCUGGGAUCCGGGACUCGUUUUGGCCUCGGCGCUGCCGCAGCUCCUGGCGCCCACGACGAGGCUGAGUGUGCUGGAACUGGGCGCUGGCCUCGCUGUUUGUGGCUUCGUCGCUGCCUUGCUGGGCCACGAUUGUAUCUCCAGCGAUGCAGAGGACACGAUUGCAUCCACCGAAGCCGCUGCUCGCUGCAACGAACACCUCUUGCAUGGAACGCAGUGGCGCGCCGAGGUCAUCGAUUGGGACUCUCCGCCGCCUUGGGUUCUGGAGAGGUCGUGGGAUGUGGUGCUGGGCGGCGAUUUGGGUUGGUCUGCCGCGCGGGAGUUCACCUUAGUGCGCGGCCUCGAUCAAAUGCUGCAGAACUGCUUGCUGCGGCUUUUGUCUCAGCUUCACUUUACCGAGUUCCUCCUGGCCGAGCGUGAGCGAGACCUCGAGGCCACGGAGGACUUCUUCGAAGCGCUGGACUGUUCGGGCUUCGUGGCUCACCGCUUGCCGGUGCCCAAGGGGCCCCACUCGAAGCCCCUCACGGAGGCGCUGGAUAUUACGUUGUGGAGCGUGCGCCACCGGUGUUUGAUCGAUGAUUGUGCGCCGGAUCCCGCCUCUCUUCUCGCGCACUUUCUCGCGGAGCACCCUUGGCUCUGUGACGCGCAUUGGCUUGGCCCCGCGGGUUUGCUGGAGCAGUUGGCUUCGAGGUUUCCGUCCGAAGGCCGCCGACCUCUCCACGCCCUGGAGGACCUCGACCGCGCCGGCACCGCGCUGACGUCGACGCCUGGGCUCCUACUGCUGAACGUUGGCCUGGUGGAGGUGUCGUUCGUGAAGUCCUUGGCCUUGCGGCGCAAGCACUUCCGCACCAGGCUUUUGAUGGCACACCACGAUGCAGAGCUGCAGACCACGAACGAGUUCUUCGAAGAGGUCAUCAGGCAGGGCUUCUCGUUCCACGUUCUCGCCCGACACCAGCAGAACCUCCGCCUCGGGAUCUAUGCCAUCGAUUGGAACGAGCCGAAGCUUCACGUCUCUUCCUUUCAGGGAUGCAGCUCUGUUUGUGUGGACUUCCCCUCCACCUUGACACCAGCCAUGUCCGCCGCGCCCCAAAGCGCCGCGCCCGGCGACGUCUUCGUGUCGGAGGGCGAGCUCCGCUGCGCCUGGGAUCAGGUGGGUUGGCGAACGCAGCUGAAACUGCCACAGGUUAUCUUACCUGACAAGGCCACCUGCCGCUGGCGCCCCCGCCGUCGGCGACUGGAGCUCCUGCUGUUGGAAGCCAGUGGAGGGCUGGACUCUGCUUGA